AAAUUAUGGCUGAAUUAAAACAUCAGCUCCAAUUAAUAAGUACCCAUAACUCAAUGAACAAAAAAGCCCAAGAGAAAGCUACAAAGCUUUUUAAUAAUGUAGAAAGAUAUUUUCAAUUCAAAGAAGUUACAGCAUUUUUUGACCAAAUGGACAAAAAGGUCGCGGUGCAAAUGAUUGACGCGAAGUUGAGCGCUUUUCAAUCAGAAAUAUCUUCUGUGAGCAAUGUGGUCACGACAUCAGCUACCGAACAUGACUCUGAAAAAAAGGAACAUGAAAGUUUUGUCAAUGUUGAAGAAACAGCAGAUGAAGCCGAGUAUGCUCUCACGAAUCCUGAUAACAAUCAAAUUGUUUCCGAAACUAUACAAACGUCAAGUAGUGCACAAGCUUACGACCAAGAAGCAGACGACGAAGAAAUUGACAAAAUUAUUGUAAAUAAGAUAUCUGACUUACUUCUUUCGAACUUAAAUCUUGAGGAAAUAUGGAUAAAAGUAAUGGAACGAUUGAAAAAGGAAAACUUGCGAGUGCAGUCCAUUGAAUCCCGAAUAGUGGAUCUUUCAAAUUGGACGAAAGUCGACUGGAAUAGGAUUCUCAAAACAUCAGAUUAUGUUCAAUUGUUUAACGAAUCAAGGAAGAAACUCUAUAAGGAUAAAAUUGAUAAAGAAGUACAAAUUUUGCUACGCGAUGGAUGUGGCCGGAUGAAGUCGUUAAAUGAUCUAAUAUUAUGGGAAGAUAAAUUCGCAACUUUAGAAUCUGAGGAUGCACGAUUAACUGUUGGAAUUAUCGAAUUUUUGUUA